GGCAAGAGCUUCACCUACCACCCGAACCCUGAGCUCUUCCCGCUGAACCGGGAGGACCCCGGCGCUCCCUACCGCUUCAAAGCCGGAGGCGUGAUCGCCGUGGAGGGCCAGGACCUGACCAAGGCCAUGUCCAGGGGGGAAGUCAGGGCCCAACUGGGGGCCCAGCAGUGCGAGGUCAAGACCCUGGACAGCACCCACCUGUACUGCGAGCCCCCCGAGAAACCAGACCGGUCCACAGGAGGUCUGAGCCCAGAAACCAGACCGGUUCACAGGGGGUCUGAGCCCAGAAACCAGACCGGUUCCACAGGGGGGGUCUGGUCCAUAGGGGGGUCAGAGCCCAGACCAGUCCACAGAGGGGUAUCAACCCAGAACCCAGACCGGUCCAUGGGGGGUCUGAGCCCAGACCGGUCCACAGGGGGGGGGUCUGAGCCCAGAAACCAGACCGGUCCACAGAGGGGUCUGAACCCAGACUGGUUCUUAGGGGGAGGGGGGGUCUACUUCCUGAGCCCGGACCGGUCCAGGUCUGCUGAGGCUCUGGUCUGUGUGGGUUCCCAGGUGUUCAUGGGGAACCUGCAGGUGGACCUGGGCCCGGUCCAGUACGACGGGGACUCCCUGCUGGCCCCGGUCCCCCUGGCCGCCCAGAUCGGUUUGGGGGCCGGAGCUGCCGCCAUCAUCCUGUCCGUGCUGGUGGUCAUCCUCAUGUACAGGAGGAAGAGCAAACAGGCUCUCAGAGACUACAAGAAGGUCCUUCUGCAGCUGGAGACUCUGGAGAUCAACGUCGGUGACCAGUGCAGGAAGGAGUUCACAGACCUGAUGACGGAGAUGAUGGACCUGAGCAGCGACGUAGGGGGACCAGGACUCCCUCUGCUGGACUACAGGACCUACGCGGAGAGAGUUUUCUUCCCCGGCCAGAAGAUGGCGCUGCUGAGCCGGCAGCUGGACCUGCCGGAGUCCCGGAGGCAGACCGUGGAGCAGGGCCUGCAGCAGCUCAACAACCUGCUCAACAACAGGCUCUUCCUCACCCGGUUCAUCCACACCCUGGAGGCGCAGCAGGGCUUCUCCCAGCGGGACCGGGGCUACGUGGCCAGCCUGCUCACCUUGGCCCUGCACGACAAGCUGGAGUACUUCACCGAGGUCAUGAAGAGCCUGCUGCAGGACCUGGUGCAGCAGUAUGUCGCCAAGAACCCAAAGCUCAUGCUGCGCCGGACAGAGACAGUUGUGGAGAAGAUGCUGACCAACUGGAUGUCCAUCUGCCUCUACUCCUUCCUCAAAGAGGUGGCCGGGGAGCCGCUCUACAUGCUGUACAGGGCCAUAAAGUACCAGGUGGACAAAGGGCCGGUGGACGCCGUGACGGGAAAGGCCAAGCGGACCCUGAACGACAGCCACCUGCUGCGGGAGGACGUGGACUACUGCGCCCUGACUCUGACUGUCCUGGUGAAGAACGGAGUGGAGGUGCAGCCCUGCCCUGUAAAAGUGCUCGACACCGACACCAUCACUCAGGUGAAGGAUAAGAUCCUGGACCAGGUCUACAGAGGAGCCCCCUUCUCUCAGAGACCAGCGGCGGACAGCCUGGACCUGGAGUGGCGUUCGGGUCAGGCGGGUCACCUGACCCUGUCGGACGAAGACGUUACCGCCGUGGUUAACGGUCGCUGGAAGCGGAUCAACACUCUGCAGCACUACAAAGUCCCGGAUGGAGCCACGGUGGCCCUGAUCCCCCGAUCUCAGAGCUCAGCGGGAGUCAGCCAGGUGUUCCAGACCGGAGAGAAAACGCCGAUGCUGGAGACGGAGGAGGAGGAGGGUCUGCGUCUGUGGCACCUGGUGAAGAGCAGCGAGGACCCGGAAGUCCCAAAGCACCGGAAGAGCAGCAUGAGGGAGAGGGAGCGGGCCAAAGCCAUCCCCGAGAUAUACCUGACCAGGCUGCUGUCCAUGAAGUCCCCCCUGGUCCCACCUGUUCUCACAUGGUCCCACCGGGUCUCACCUGGUCUCACCUGGUCCCACCUGGUCUCACCUUGUCCCAACUGGUAUUACAUGGUCCCACCUUAUCCCCCCUGGUCUCGACUGGCCUGGUCCCACUUGUUCUCACCUGGUCUCACCUCUUCUCACCUGGUCCCACCUGGCUCAACUGGGUCUCACCUGUUCUCACCUGGCCUUGUCCGGCUUUCCCCUGGUCUCGACUGGCCUGGUCCCCCCUGGUCCCACCUGUUCUCACCUGUUCUCACCUGGUCUCACCUGGUCUCACCUCUUCUCACCUGGCCUUGUCCCGCUUUCCCCUGGUCUCACCUGGCCUGGUCCCACCUGUUCUCACCUGGUCCCACCUGUUCUCACCUGGUCUCACCUGGUCUCACCUGGUCUCGCCUGCAGGAGGUGGCCGGGGAGCCGCUCUACAUGCUGUACAGGGCCAUAAAGUACCAGGUGGACAAAGGGCCGGUGGACGCCGUGACGGGAAAGGCCAAGCGGACCCUGAACGACAGCCACCUGCUGCGGGAGGACGUGGACUACUGCGCCCUGGUAACCACGGCAACGGCUGGCCCGCCCAGCAGCCACAUUAGUUCAUCAUUUAGUUAG